AUGGAUUCUCUGCUGCAUAUCCCAGGUGCUUUUCUCAUAAUUCUUUUCAGUUUCAACCUUAAUUCAAUUCGUGCUGUAGAUGUUCCUUUUAACCAAAACUUCGAGAUCCUGUAUGGACAAGAUCAUACACAGUUGCUUGAUGAUGAUCAUGAAAUUCGGAUUUCCAUCGACGAGCAUACAGGAUCUGGCUUUCAUUCCAAAACGAAACAUGGUUCUGGAUUUUUCAGUAUGAGAGUGAAGCUCCCAAAGAAAGAUACUACUGGACUCAUUACAACCUUUUAUAUAAUUUCCGAUAAUGGUAACACUCGCGAUGAGGUCGAUUUUGAAUUCUUAGGUAACAAAAAAACACCUUAUGUGCUACACACAAAUGUGAUCAUGGAUGGAAACAUUAAUAGAACACAAGGAAUUAAGCUUUGGUUCGAUCCAACUGCUGAGUUGCAUGAGUAUAAACUUCUUUGGAAUCGACACCAAGUAGUGUUGUUUGUGGAUGAUACUCCAGUAAGAGUGUUCCAAAACAAUGAGAAAAUUGGAGUUCCUUACCCGACAAAGCCGAUGCAUAUAGUGUGUACCAUAUGGAAUGCAACAUGGGCUUCUUAUGGAAAGCCAGUAAACUGGAGCCAAGGACCAUUUGAUGCUCUCUAUCAUGGAUUUGGGGUUGAUGGGUGCCCAUCAGAGAGUAUAGAUCCUGAAGAAUGCUAUACUUCCCAAUAUUAUUGGAAUGAAGAGCAAUAUUGGUCAUUAAAUUCUACUCAACAAGAUGCAUAUAAGAAUGUGAGAAAGAAUCACAUGGCCUAUGACUAUUGCAAACAAAAUCCACAACCCCCAGAAUGCCUGAUUAACUCAUAG